UGGGGCUUUUUGUCUGUCAACUUCUCCGGACCAGAUGGUACCGAAAAAAUGACGCCUGCUCUCUCGAUCCUCGCUUACUUUUUGUCGUUGAUUCACUGUAGCAGCUGUGCUGACUCAGAGGAACGUCUCAUGAACUAUUUGCUGGGAAAGCAUCGUUACAAUCCGCUCAUCCGGCCAGCCAUCAACAGGACUGAGAGAGUCACAGUGAAAUUACAAGUGUCUCUGGCACAGCUCAUCAGCGUGAAUGAAAGAGAACAGAUCAUGACCACAAAUGUCUGGCUCACCCAGCACUGGGUGGAUUACAGGUUAUCGUGGGAUCCUUCAAAGUAUGAGGGUAUUGACAAACUGCGUAUUCCUUCUAGACACAUCUGGCUCCCUGAUAUUGUGCUGUAUAACAAUGCUGAUGGAACAUAUGAAGUGACAGUCUUUACAAAUGUGAUUGUCCUCUUCAACGGCAGCAUAAACUGGCUCCCUCCUGCCAUCUACAAAAGCGCCUGUAAGAUCGAGGUCAAGCAUUUUCCCUUCGAUCAGCAGAACUGCACCCUCAAAUUCCGCUCGUGGACAUAUGACCACACGGAAAUUGACCUGAUCCUCAAGUCGGAGGUGGCCAGUAUGGAUGAUUUUACUCCCAGCGGUGAGUGGGAUAUCUUGGCACUGCCCGGCAGACGGACCGUUAACCCUCUAGACCCCACCUACGUGGACCUCACCUAUGAUUUUAUCAUCAAGAGGAAGCCCCUCUUCUACACCAUCAACCUGAUCAUCCCAUGUGUGUUGAUCACCUCCCUGGCCAUCCUGGUCUUUUACUUGCCUUCAGACUGCGGGGAGAAGAUGACCCUCUGCAUCUCCGUCCUCCUGGCUCUCACUGUAUUUCUGCUUUUGAUCUCAAAAAUUGUUCCUCCGACCUCUCUGGACGUUCCACUGAUCGGCAAGUACCUGAUGUUCACUAUGGUGCUGGUGACCUUCUCCAUCAUCACCAGUGUGUGUGUCCUCAACGUUCACCACCGAUCUCCCAGCACACACACAAUGCCUGCCUGGGUCAAACUAGUGUUCCUUGUCAAACUUCCAACUUUACUCUUCAUGAAACGCCCUCACAAUAACUCUGCACGCCAACGGCUACGUCAGCAGCGCUGCCUGCGAGCAAGGAGAGCUAUUAUAGGGUUAGGUUACCCGGUUGCACCAAAAGUAGGUAGCACCAUGUCGUCUUCUGCCCUGUUGUCUCCUGAUUCUACCUUUUCAACCCCAGGACACAAAAAUGUAGCUGCCUCUUUGGGCUACAUCCAUACCAACAGGAAAGGGGACUUGCGCUCCACUGACUGUCUGCCUAGUGGUUUCACUACCCCUCAAGACCUCCAGCAGAGAGGCAUCUCAGACUGGGCUGCUGAUGUCAAGGAGGCCGUGAAUGGAGUGCGCUUUGUGGCUGAGCACAUGAUGGGAGAUGAUGAUGACCAGAGCGUGAUAGAAGACUGGAAGUAUGUGGCCAUGGUUGUGGAUCGUAUGUUCCUGUGGAUCUUUGUAAUAGUGUGUGUGGUGGGAACUCUGGGUCUGUUUCUUCAGCCUCUUUUCCAGAGUCAGAUCAUUCACCAGCAGCCCAGCUCGGACACCCCUCGCAUCUGA